CUAGCAACACUGCGCAAACGGCAUAUCGACUUUUAUCGGCAUUUCAUUUUCAUACAAAUUGAAAUGGUUUGCUUUUAUUGAUUUUAGUUACAAAGUACUGCAAGCACUUGGUCCUAAUAAAAAAUAUAUGUAAUAAGAGAAAAUGUUUCAAUUGGGUUAGGGGAAAUUUAAUCUGUAUAUAAUUAACACGAUAAAGAAAUUACGGGCGUUCUAAACAAUGGAGCCGCCAAAUACAAGAACUAGCUCCCCAGGAAUCAUAGGUUCAACGCCUCUUCUUCCUCCUCCAAUGCUGGGCGGAAUACCCGCACCAAUGCCUCCCGCAGUAGCAAUGCCACCUGUGCCUGGGAUGCCCCCAAACAUGGCUGGACUGCCAUCACCAAUGGCAUUUCCUUCAAUGAUACCUCCAUUUUCUAUGCCACCACCAGGAUUUCCUUCUUUUAAACCAGAAUUAACUGCUCCUGCCCCAGACAUAGCCCCAUUGGCGAACCAAAGCAGUCCAUGGUCAGAGCACAGAGCUCCCGAUGGUCGCACAUAUUAUUAUAAUUCUGUUACAAAACAGAGUCUUUGGGAAAAACCAGAUGAUUUAAAAACUCCUGCAGAGAAAUUGUUAUCUGCAUGUGUUUGGAAAGAAUACACAACCGAUGCCGGCCGGCUGUAUUAUCACAAUAUUGAGACAAAAGAAUCCAGCUGGGUAAUCCCAAAGGAACUGCAAGAAAUUAAAGACAAAAUUGCAGCUGAGGAAGCUACACAGGCCGCGCUGAGCGCAGAGCUGCCGCCGGGCGAGGUGCCGCUGCCGUCCUCCCCAGCUGCGCCCGCGCAUGCUUCCGCGCUCGACGAAGCCAUGGCCAAGACUCUCGCGGCCAUCGAUCCCUCGCUCACAACUUCAAUACCCAUUCCUGAAGAUAUAAAACCUGAAGAAAUAACCGCACCACCUAUGAACAAUCUUUCGGAUAAUGCAGAACAACCACCAGAAUUGCAAUACAAAGACAAAAAGGAAGCAAUUGAAGCCUUUAAAGAACUUUUAAGAGACAGGAAUGUACCAUCCAAUGCUACAUGGGAACAAUGUGUGAAAAUAAUAUCGAAAGAUCCACGUUACGCUACAUUCAAGAAACUCAAUGAAAAGAAACAAGCUUUCAAUGCCUACAAGACGCAAAAACUCAAGGACGAAAGAGAGGAGCAAAGGUUGAAGACUAAAAAGAACCGUGAAAACUUAGAGGAGUUUUUAUUAAGCUGUGAUCGUGUCACAUCGCUCACCAAGUACUACAAAUGUGAAGAAAUGUUCAAUAAUUUAGAGAUAUGGCGAUGUGUUCCCGAAUCAGAUCGCAGAGAUAUAUUUGAGGACUGCAUUUUCACAAUAACUAAACGUGAAAAAGAAGAAGCUAAGACUUUAAAGAAACGUAAUAUGAAAAUGCUAGCUCAAGUUUUGGAAAACAUGAGUGAAAUUACAUACAGUAGCACAUGGAGUGAGGCACAGGUGUUGCUGCUCGAAAACUCUGCAUUUAAGAACGAUGUCAGCUUACUAGGCAUGGACAAGGAGGAUGCCCUUAUUGUAUUUGAGCAACACAUUAGAAAUUUGGAGGCAGAAUAUCAACAAGAAAGAGAACAAGUAAAAAAAAGAAACAAAAGACAACAAAGGAAGAACAGAGACAAUUUCUUGGCUUUGUUAGACAGUCUACAUGAAGAAGGAAAACUCACCUCUAUGUCACUGUGGGUUGAGCUGUAUCCGGUUAUUUCCGCAGACAUGCGGUUUUCAGCCAUGUUAGGACAGAGUGGUUCCACGCCACUGGACCUAUUUAAGUUUUACGUCGAGAAUUUGAAAGCUCGAUUCCAUGACGAGAAAAAAAUUAUCAAGGAGAUAUUGAAGGAGAAGAACUUUGAAGUGAAAUGUGACACUACGUUUGAGGAGUUUGCAACAGUUGUGUGCGAAGACAGUAAGUCCGCCUCGUUGGACGCGGGCAACGUCAAGCUCACGUACAACUCGCUGUUGGAGAAGGCGGAGGCAAAGAAGAAGGAAAGACAGAAAGAAGAAUCUAAAGCACAGAAAAAAAUCGAAAGUGCAUUUAAAUGGGCGUUGAGUGAAGCCAACAUUGAUCAUUUACUGUCUUGGACCGAGGUCAAAGAAAAAAUAGAUUUAAACGCACCAGAGUUUAUGGCCGUGCCGCACGAAGAAGACCGUAUCAAAAUUUAUAAAGAUUUCCAACAUGAACAAGAAGAAAGUUGUCUGCAUUAUCACCACACGAAGUCACGCAAGGCAAAACGGUCGAAAAAGAAGAAACGUUCACAUUCCGCUUCGUUGUCGCGGUCUCGGUCGCCGUCGCCGCCGCCGGCCGCGAUGCGCUCGCCCUCGCCGGCGCCGAGCCACGCCUCGUGGACCUCCGAUGAAGGCCGUAAGCACAAGAAGUCCAAGAAGAAACAUCGCAAACAUUCGCCUAUACCGAAAUCGCCGACACCGGAGGAAGGCGGUAUAUCUGAUCCAGAUGAGCCGUUGCGGCACAAGAGUAAGAAAUGGAAGCGCAGCGCGCCGAGCAGCCCCGACGACGACCACCACGAACACCACGAUCACUCGCACAAGCCCAAAAAGAAGAAGGACAAGAAAGACAAAAAAGAAAGGUUCGGCGGCUCGGCGGCCUGGAGCGACGCGGAGCUGGAGUCGCGGCGCGCGGCGCUGCUGGCGCAGCUGCACGAGCACGAGGCCGACUGACGCCGCGUCACGCACAUACACAUCUUCAACGACUACCCGCGCGCCCCCGCCGCCCCCGCCCCCGCCACCGUCGCCCGCCCCACGAGCGCCGCCGCCGCCGACCAAACUAGCCCCGCUUCCUCCUCUGCCUGUGACGAUUAUCAUCUCCAACUUGUACAACAUUCCGAUUCUGAUCAAUCGUAAAAUGUACUUAUCACUUACCUUAAAACUUUAUCAUAGGUAUACAUACAUUUUUAUUUUCGAGUAUUCAUGAUUUACAGGUGUAUCUCAUAUACACUGACAUACAUUAACUCUCCAGUAUUGUAGUAUUAUGUAAUCUCUUUUGGUAGUAAUUAAUUGGUGACCCUCACGAGCUCAAUAGACACUAGUUCUGAGGAUUCCGAAGCAAUAUUCAUUUUGGGUCUUUGACAAUUUGAGGUCGAAAGGUUUUUGGAGAUUUUGUGACCCAUAUCAGACAAUUUUAUAUGGUCAGGAUUUUACAUGCGCUUGUUGGGUGCAUAUUAUUUUUUAAAUAGCUAUAGUACCUAUUUCUGUAUUGAGCCAGACUAUGAAUAUAUUGUACAUUAAAACAUUAAAUAUUCCAUUUUAUUAUUAA